AUGACUCAACAAUUUUGGUCAGCACAAUAUGCCAGUGCAAACACGGCGACUAGUUCUUUUGCGACAAAGUACAUGGCCGAUGUUCCGGAUGUUGACGUCAAAAUGCAAGCACGCAAUGGGAGCUACAAACAUGGAAGUAAUAUACUCGAAUGAACCACAGGAGUAAUGAAAAAGCAAAUGAGAAAAUGAGCAGAUAGAUAAAUUGAUAAGCUUUCUACUUUUAACCUCGCGCAGCCUUUCCUUUGCUACUUUUCACAAAAACCACAUGCAUGCUCUCUUUUGAUAUAUGUAUCCUCAAUUUUCUUUUCAAGUUUCCUCUCAACAGUUACAGAGGGCUGCCUGCAUGCAAUGAAAUCAUUAUAAAUAAAAUCUACUUUUUUAGUUUUUUUGAGGGGGCUUUUCAACAUUAGUCUUUCUUUUUCCAUUGUUUGGUUUUGUUUUUUGUUCUUCUGUUUCUUUUUGUUUUGAUUUUGAAUGAUUGUUUGUCUGUUUUCUCAAGUUCUCGAGACUUGAGGGUAAACGAGACAGCCAAUGGACCGUACAAAUUUUUAUUACAUUUUGGUGUUGUGUUGUACGUCUCCCAUGAUCUGUGAGAUUAUCAGCCAACGGUGUGGAGCCGACAUUCACUCCACCAAUCAAAUGAUGCCUAAAGGACACACCUUUAAUAGGUUAAAAUUCACCCAGCCUCGUUCGAUUGCAGACAAGCCUGCCCCUGUCAAAGAUAUCAAAGGUCAAAGCUCAGACGUGAUCAUAUCUAAAAGCAUCUGUUAGCUGAAUAACAGAACUAAGGAGGCCAAACCAGAAGACUUUAUUAAAGAAAAGGGCAGAUGUUAUAUGCAGAAAGGUCCAGGAAGAGGUAAAAUAAUGAAAGAUCCACAAUAUUUAACUUUUCUGCUUUAGAGGCUUCCUGUUUUCCGUGUAUGAGAUACUAAUCAACUUUUAAUGUGUCUAAUGACUUAAUAGCAAUCACCAGUGAUUCUAGUUCCUGUCGGCUCUAUGCCGGAGCUGCCUGCUGAUUCUUGUAAAGAGUUAA